ACGAGGCUGUGACCGCUACGGGGAGUCUUGACAAGGGAUUUGUACACAUCCUCCUCCAAAAUUGCACACACAUAGAGCUCAGUGCUCGUUUCACUGAAGAGCUGGAUACCCGUAAGAAAACGACGCCUUUUUCUGCAAUAACACAUGGACACGAACAAUUGUGCGUUUUACGCAUUUAUUCUUUUGUAGACUGUUAUUAUUGUAGGCCUAUUUUCAAUCGCUUUUCUUCGGUUAUGGAUGCUUUGCAUCAACAACCAUAGCAACAUAGAUAUUCGGUUCUCUGAACUCAAGAGUGGAGGCCAGGAUAACCGACAGUUAUUCAAAAAUCUGUAUGUUUUUACGUUUUUUUCUUGCUCUAUUGUCUCUCGGAAUACUUUUUGCCUCCUGAAUUUUCCGUUAUGCAAGUUGAACGUUUGCCAUAGGGCUAGUCCUGAAAUUGGCUGAAUUACUUUUAUCGGAUGAAAGACUGAAAUUGCUGCAUUCUUUGUGCGUCUUGAAUUGAUCCAGACUUUACAUUGUGGUUUGCUGAUCUGAGGGAGACGCUUGCAAGUGGAGCCCUCCAGCCUCCACGAUGCUCUUCCACGGGCUCCCCGGAGGCGAGAUGCAGGGGGUUAUCGACGAGAUGGACCGGAGGGCUAAGAGCGAUUCUACCGCCAUCAGUUCGGCUAUAGACAUGGGGGAAUCUGAAACGAGUAUGACGUCCAUCAACAGCGACCGAGUGGCCUUGUGCGCGGGCUGCGGCGGAAAGAUAUCUGACCGCUACUAUUUGCUCGCGGUGGACAAACAGUGGCACAUGCGCUGCCUCAAGUGCUGCGAGUGCAAACUCAACCUUGAAUCCGAGCUGACUUGUUUCAGUAAAGACGGAAGCAUAUAUUGCAAAGAAGAUUACUACAGCAGGAGGUUUUCCGUCCAGAGGUGCGCCCGGUGCCACCUCGGCAUCUCGGCGUCGGAGAUGGUCAUGCGAGCCAGGGACUUGGUCUACCACUUGAACUGUUUCACUUGUACUAGCUGCAACAAAAUGCUCACGACCGGAGACCACUUUGGAAUGCGGGACAGUCUUGUGUACUGCCGGCUCCACUUUGAGACACUCAUACAAGGGGAAUAUCAAGCGCAUUUCAAUCACACGGACGAUGUAGCCUCAGGCAAAGGACUUGGCGGAGGCGGCACCGGCAACUCGCUGUGUCUGCCUUACUAUAACGGCGUCGGUACCGUGCAGAAAGGAAGACCAAGGAAAAGGAAAAGUCCCGGACCUGGGGCAGAUUUGGCGGCUUACAAUGCAGCGCUGAGUUGCAACGAGAACGAUGGCGACCACCUGGACCGCGACACCCACUACUCCUCCAGCUCCAAGUCCAAGCGCAUGAGGACGUCCUUCAAGCACCACCAGCUGAGGACCAUGAAGUCGUACUUUGCCAUCAACCACAACCCUGAUGCCAAGGAUCUGAAGCAGCUGGCCCAGAAGACAGGCCUCACCAAACGGGUGCUGCAGGUUUGGUUUCAAAACGCCCGGGCCAAAUUUCGGCGGAACCUCCUACGUCAGGAGAGCACAGGUGUAGACAAAGUGUCGGACGGAUCCACUUUACCUGGAGGCUCGCCUUCGGGGCCCCACUCUGAGCUCUCCAACGCCUCAAUGAGUCCUUCGAGCACUCACACCACCCUCACGGACCUGACCAGCCCCUCUAUGCCAUCGGUUAACCCGGUACUGACGGCUGUGCCCGGGGGCAUGGACCCCCACGACUCCAUGAGUAUGAGCCCUUCCCAGACCACUCUGACCAGCCUUUUCUGAUGACCCCCCCCCCCCCCCCCCGCCCAAAGCUGUCCCAACACCGCACAAGCUCACUUAAAAGAUUGAGAGACAUAAAAGUGAGUCACUUCAGUAGAUGAUGUCCCCGCUGGACCCCUGGGGCUCUGCCCGUCGAUUUCUAGUGACUUUGUAUGAGUGGCGUCUGAAGCCUUAUGGAGUGGCCGGCUUGAUUUCUUCGAGAGCUGAAGAGACUUUAUUCUGUGUUCCUUUAAAAAAAACUAAAAAAAACUGUUGUUUUCUUUCCGUGUCGGCUGACUAACUCUACCUUUGACUGAGACGUGGAAUCACUCUAGUUGGUGAUCUUAAAAAGGUCUUAAAAAAUAUAUAUAAAAAUAAAAAAAAGAUGAAGACAAAGGAAAAUAAAAGGUGAAACUGAAAUGUAUUUGUGAAGAAACAUUGGGGAGUGUAAAAUGCUGAUGCAAAGUACUGUAGCAAGGAAGACUCUAGCGUGCCUUACACAUGUUGUCACACUGAGGAAUCCCUGAUCUGGUAGAUUACAUUUCUAUCAUGGUGGCAUAUUUCUUGAAAGUUUUUUUUUUUUUGUUAAGGACGAACGCGCCACCAACGACUGCAUCUGCUUACGACAUGGCGAUCAAAGUCUAUCUACUUUACAGUUCAAUCUGCACGAGGUGAGGACUGAUGUCAAUAAGAAAAACGUGACUGAUAGCUAUAGCCUUGAUGAGAAUUAGAACUACACUGAAGUUAUACGAUUGGUACACGUUAUGAUCCUUUAGACUUCGUUUUUUGCUUGCAGUAUGCAUCAGUCAUAGUCGGUUACAGCUGCAAUAUUUUGUAACAACAACCAACUGUCAUACACAGACAGUGUAUAUUGAUAUCUCUGACUCGUUGCUAGAUGGAAUUGCAAGUGAUUCUAUUUGCAGUCGCCAUUCAAAUACCUCAGUAACACUUAUACCUUCUACUCAAAAAUAGCUUCAGCUUAUCCAGUGAUCUUUCAGCAUCACACUCUCGGAUUAUGAACGGAUAGUAUGGAUAUAUUUUUUAUAUUUCGGGGGAAUAUUAUCUGACAAUUGGAAUAUUGGCAUAUUUGUCACUACAUAGAGUUUGUAUCAGCACUUGUGUAUUAGAUACACUACACUUCAAAGAGGACACACAUGCAUUAGAAAACGGACGCGCACACACACAUGCAGGUACGAACGUGCCCACAUAUGCAUGCACACAUGCAUAAAUGCCCGUAAGCGCACACACACAAACACACACUCGCACACAAACACCGUACUUACCUCAGUUAAAAGGUCUUUCUACAGUGUGUGUGCUUGCUUCCUAACUCCAGCACUCCGUUUUUUGGGCAAAUACAAAGGUUGUUUGUUUGCAUGGUGUCACAUUUUGGAAUUCUAGAAUUCCUUCCUACAAUGUAGGAAUAUAACUCAUACAAAAUGUAGUUCAAACAGAGAUUCAGUAUGGAACAAAUGGCAGGCAAAAUCUAUAAGUCUGUUUCUAAAUACAUCUUUGAAAUGUUCCUUGUGUAGACCUAUCUGAACAAGGGUGUUGGUACAAAGAAACUAAUCAGGGAUUUGUGUAGUUGGCAGAACAAAAACAUAACCUGGGCUGUGUUCAUUAAGGCAAAUCCUUGUAAAGAUGUUGAGCAAAGGAAACUGAAAUUAUAAUCUCUUAAUGGACAAAAUUCAUGGGCUGUCACCUUGUUUUGGACAGUUUGUUUUCCUUUUUGGUUACUGAACAUGACCCUGAAAACUGGUAGAACUACGAGUGUUUCUGACUUGGAGAAUCAAGCGGCCUUCAUUUUGACUGUGGAGGAGGAUGGUGCUCUGACCUGACCUUUACCCUUGUGUACACAGAGAGCUGCAGUUUGGGAUUCAAUAUACAUGGUUGUUCGUUUCUUUGUUUAUCCUCCCAUUAUUGUACAAUUGCCCCCUUUUGAUGUAGGUAAGCCUUCAGUUCUUUCAAAAUAUAAAAUGGUGAACAACACUUAA